AUGCCUCAAGCCUCCUUACAAGGGCAGAGAAAUCAUUGGGGAGUACAACUGCAGGUCUGUGAUCUGCAGAAGCAAGUCAGGAUUCGAUUCACUACAUUUCCCUAGACGUUCUGUUGCCUUCUCCUGUCUGCGCCUGAGCUUUCAUCCAACAGAAACCACUGCAUUUGCUUUGCAAGCUACAACACUGAUCCAGCCUCCAGCCUGGAUGUUCUUGGCUCGCUGAGCCCUACAGAUAUCUUGUCAUUAACCCAAAUGACAUUUUUAGCUGGGCACACUGCCACUCUUCUAAAAGACUACAUUUUCCAGGUAAUUUUGCAACUAGACGUGACCAUGUGA